GCCGGGAGCCGGAGCUGGCGAGCCGAGCGGGGACCUGUGUACCGCGCCGCUGAGGCGCAGCAUGUGAAGCGGAGACGGCAUCUAGUGCGAGGCGAGCCUCUCAGCCGGCCGGGAUGGCCACGACGGCCGAGCUCUUCGAGGAGCCUUUUGUGGCAGAUGAGUAUAUUGAACGUCUUGUAUGGAGAACCCCGGGAGGAGGCUCUAGAGGGGGACCUGAAGCUUUUGAUCCUAAAAGAUUAUUAGAAGAAUUUGUAAAUCAUAUUCAGGAGCUCCAGAUAAUGGAUGAAAGGAUUCAAAGGAAAGUAGAGAAACUAGAGCAACAGUGUCAGAAAGAAGCUAAGGAAUUUGCCAGGAAGGUACAAGAACUCCAGAAAAGCAAUCAGGUUGCCUUCCAACAUUUCCAAGAACUUGAUGAGCACAUCAGCUAUGUAGCAACCAAAGUCUGUCACCUUGGAGACCAGUUGGAGGGGGUAAACACACCCAGACAACGGGCAGUAGAGGCUCAGAAGCUGAUGAAAUACUUCAAUGAGUUUCUAGAUGGAGAACUGAAAUCUGAUGUUUUUACAAAUUCUGAAAAGAUAAAGGAGGCAGCAGACAUCAUUCAGAAGUUGCACCUAAUCGCCCAAGAGUUACCUUUUGAUAGAUUUUCAGAAGUUAAAUCUAAAAUUGCAAGUAAAUACCAUGAUUUAGAAUGCCAGUUGAUUCAGGAGUUUACUGGUGCUCAAAGAAGAGGUGAAAUCUCCAGAAUGAGAGAAGUAGCAGCUGUUUUACUUCAUUUUAAGGGUUAUUCUCAUUGUGUUGAUGUUUAUAUAAAGCAGUGCCAGGAGGGUGCUUACUUGAGAAACGAUAUAUUUGAAGAUGCAGCAAUACUCUGUCAACGGGUGAACAAACAAGUUGGAGAUAUCUUUAGCAAUCCAGAAACAGUACUGGCUAAACUUAUUCAAAAUGUAUUUGAAAUCAAACUACAGAGCUUUGUGAAAGACCAGUUACAAGAAUAUUGGAAGUCUGAAGCAGAGCAGUAUCUCAAAAGUCUCUAUGAUUUAUACACAAGAACCACAAAUCUUUCCAGCAAGUUGAUGGAGUUUAACUUAGGUACUGAUAAACAGACUUUCUUGUCUAAGCUUAUCAAGUCCAUUUUCAUUUCCUAUUUGGAGAGCUACAUUGAAAUAGAGACUGGCUAUUUGAAAAACAGAAGUGGUACGAUCCUACAGCGCUAUUAUGAGUCAAAAAACCAUCAAAAGAGAUCCAUUGGCACAGGAGGUAUUCAAGAUCUGAAAGAGAGAAUUAGACAGCGUACCAACUUACCACUGGGGCCAAGUAUCGAUACUCAUGGAGAGACUUUCCUGUCCCAGGAAGUGGUGGUUAAUCUUUUGCAAGAAACCAAACAAGCCUUCGAAAGAUGUCAUAGGCUCUCUGAUCCUUCUGAUUUACCAAGGAAUGCCUUUAGAAUUUUUACCAUUCUUGUGGAAUUUUUAUGUAUUGAACAUAUUGAUUAUGCCUUGGAAACAGGACUUGCUGGAAUUCCUUCUUCAGAUUCUAAGAAUGCAAAUCUCUAUUUUUUGGAUGUUGUGCACCAAGCCAAUACUAUUUUUCAUCUUUUUGACAAGCAGUUUAAUGAUCACCUUAUGCCACUAAUAAGCUCUUCUCCUAAGUUAUCUGAAUGCCUUCAGAAAAAAAAAGAAAUAAUUGAACAGAUGGAGAUGAAAUUGGAUACCGGCAUUGAUAGGACGUUAAAUUGUAUGAUUGGACAAAUGAAGCAUAUCUUGGCUGCAGAACAAAAGAAAACAGAUUUUAAGCCAGAAGAUGAAAACAAUGUUUUGAUUCAGUAUACUAAUGCCUGUGUUAAAGUCUGUGCUUACGUAAGGAAACAAGUGGAGAAGAUUAAAAAUUCCAUGGAUGGGAAGAAUGUGGAUACAGUUUUGAUGGAACUUGGAGUACGUUUUCAUCGACUUAUUUAUGAACAUCUUCAGCAAUAUUCCUACAGCUGUAUGGGCGGCAUGUUAGCAAUCUGUGAUGUAGCUGAGUACAGGAAGUGUGCCAAAGACUUCAAGAUUCCUCUGGUAUUACAGCUUUUUGAUACUCUGCAUGCACUUUGCAAUCUUCUGGUAGUAAACCCAGAUAAUUUAAAGCAAGUCUGCUCAGGAGAACAACUUGCUAAUCUGGACAAGAACAUUCUUCACUCCUUCGUACAACUUCGUGCUGACUAUAGAUCUGCCCGCCUUGCUCGACAUUUCAGCUGAGGUUGAAUUUACAAGGGAAAUGUGUUGUACUCCAGCAAGCCUUGGUUGAUAGAAAGCACAGAAGGUUUCUUAUGACACAGCCAACAUUUUAUUGAAAAAUGACUGUUUGGAAAAACAGCAGCCAUACUUACCCUUGAGGAUUUAUUUGAAAUUUGGACAAUACCAAGAAUAUUUUGCUUUUUUCCUUAAGUUGAAUUUUAAUUCCAUUUCUGAACUUAGAUAAAUUUCAAACUCUGUGAAGCUAUAUGUCAUUGUUUUCAUCCUGGAAAAUGUUGGUGUCAGAAGGUAAAUGAGAUUGUUACAAGUAUUCCAGUUCAUGUUCUUUAACAUAGUCCAUCGGGAAAUUUCAGCAUCCUGUUUUGCACUAAUGAUGGGUAAAAUACAGCAAGAUUCAUUUAUUAUUUAUCAAUUUUCAGUGACCUUUUAGCACUGGUAAUUGUUAAUUAGAUUAUUUUUAAGUUUUCCUGGAGAAUUUUUUGCCUAUUUCAAAGGUUAAAAAUUGGGCAUAAUUUCUGUAGUUGGUUGAUUGAAUUUUUUCCUGAGGUACAGCAGUAAUGCUAUUCCAAAAAAAAUGUUAUAAAGAAAACUAAAAUGAAAUACAUUUUACGUAGGUAUUAGCAGUGGAUCAAAAUACAUCUGCUUUCUGGGUAAAAGGAAAAAAAAGUUUACAAUUUCUUAUUUGGUAAACAGAUUUUAAGCCAAUCCUAGCAAGAAAUUAAUAAAGCUACCUUAUUUUAUAUUUCACUUAAGAUAAAAUAGAGGAUCUUAACUAAAGAACCAUAUUUAUUCGUUAUUUUAAUAUUAUAAGGGGAGUAAGAAAGUGAGGUAUAGUCUAAAUGGUGCAUAUGAGAAUUAUUGCCAGUGUUUAGUAGCAAUGCAAUCCUUUAAGAUUUUUAUCCUUAACGCUAAACUGGAAUAAGAUGGAAUGGCUAAACAUGCAGGUAGUCUUCUAUUUUAAGAGGAAUUGGGAAUUGAUAGUCAGCAUUAUAUUCUAGUCCAGAGAUGAACUUUGUAAGGACUAGUAGUUUUUAAAUAUAUAGUGUCUGUCAUUAUCUUUUUCAAGGCAUUUCUGACGUGAUUCCUACUGAGUGUAGUUAAUUGAAUUGGCUUAAUAUGGUGACAUAAUAAAUCACUUAUAAAAUUUUAAUUAUCAAGUGGAAAUAUUAAAAAAUUAUUAGCUAUAAAUUUUCUCUGCAAGAAUACAUUCUUAGCUGUAUGUAGUGGUUCGACUUCUCUUAUAUUGUUCUUAGUCUUCCAGGAACAGAUAAACUUCAAUGUUUAACUCAUUUUUGGCUUUUCUUUUUCCUCUAAUGUAGGCUUUUUGGCCUAAUUUUGGAAAACUACAUUUAAGAAUAUGUUUCUGAAUGUUCAACUUUACCAAAACUUCCAGGUCCAGAGUGAGCUAGCUACUGUUGAAGUUACUUUUAACUGAAUUUUCUUCAUUUUCUGUUUAGCCCAGUGUUAUCAAGGUAAGCAAGAGAAAUAAAGUAUGCCAACAUUUAUCAAAGCAUUUUAGGAAAUUGUGGCAGCUUUGGAAGGCUGUCUAGUUUUCUAUUCCUUAGCCAAAGGAAAGCCAGAACAAGUUUUGGGUAUUAGAGAAAGUCAUAUGCUUGCUUGUACUAUUGCCAUUUUAGAAAGCUCUGAUGUGAAUUCAAAUUAUACCUCUGUUACUUAAAGCCAACAAUUUUAAAGCAGUAGUUUUACUGGCCAUUUGAGCUCUUUGUACACAGUGUCAAUUUGUUUUUUAAAAAAAAAAGGGAAACAAUAUCAAAUAAAACAUGAGAGAACAUUAUAAGACUUCUACAUCAGAGAAGUGUUUCAAAUUAUUUUGUUUGGAUUAAUUUUUAAAAUAUAAAGCAUAUAUUUGUUGCUUAGCUGUUUUGUUAAUUUUUAUUUUUAUAUUUGAGUUCUGUGCAAUAUUUUCCAUUAUGAUCAUUUACAGGACACUAACAAAGAAAACUCAUAAGUGAAUUCUUAAUUUAGAAGUGUUAACAUUAUUGCUCAAUAAACAAAUUCCCUGCAGUUGUUUUUUUAUUUCACUCCAUUUUUACAUUUUGAAGACAUCAUACUGAAUUUUAUAAAUUAUUUUUAUUAAAUUUUUAAGAUGUUCCUUAUUUCUCAUGGCAUAUGUCUUCUCACUUCCUUUUUAAGCAGAAAAAUACUUGACUAUAUAAUCAAAAUUAGGAACAAAAAAUUUCUCUAAGAAAAAAAUUUAUUGUAUAAAACAGUGUGCAUUCUUUGGAUUCGUUAUAUUUUAUUUUUAAAGUAGUUUUCAUAUUAGUGGACAAUAUGAAAUUUUGCCCAAAAUGUAUAUGACUCAAAAGAGAUGAUAGAUAAGUAAAAUGUCUUCAUAUGCAUAUGGUAAAAUUUUAGGUAGUGAUAAUGGAGGUUUGUAACUUUAGCCAACAUUUGAAUGAGGAGAAUCUUCAUAAUUUUUCCAGUUUCGCAUGAGCUAACAUGCAAUGUUUAGAUAAUAUUUUGAAGUUAAAAAUAUGCUCUUAAACACUGCAUUUUUAGAAUAUGCAGAAAUACUCAAGAAAAAGCUUGAGUGUAUUAUGUUUUCAUAAAAUGAUACAGAAAGUGAAAUACAGAAUGCAGGUGAUAUUGAAAAUGACAGCUAACCAAAGUAGAUGAAUACUUCUUAUGCUGCAUCCUUAGACAGUUGGCUAUCUGACUAUUUUAAGACAAUUAUUAGUAGCCUCAUUUUGAGUACCACCAUUGUUGCAAAUCCCUAGCAUCUUUCUUGUUUUAAAGAGAGCUUCUAAGUAAGUUAAUUUAUGGUAUAGUUUAGACUAUCUCUUUUCUCUUUCACUUGAAAUAUUUCACAUCAUAAAAUAAUUAUCACCUAGUAGAUAGAUUCAAAGUGGAGAAUUUGCUGCUUCCUUAAAAAUGCCUUUUGGUCAUAUAUGAUGAUGAAUAUUUAAUACAUCUAGUUAGAUAAACAGAUUUUUGUUCCUGAAGUGCCAGAAAACCUGUUAAGAUGGUCAUGUUUAUAUAUUGCCUAAGGCAUACUUGAACUGCAUGUGAGAGUCAGGUUCCCUGGGUGUGUAAUUUGUUAGUGACUUCAAAAACUCACAUUUUGGAGUUUAGCUUUUUUUUUUUUUUUUUUAAUGCAGAGAUAUUCUGUGUAUUACCCUUAUUUGCCCAUUGAUUCAGAAGUGUGAGAUAUUUUCUAGAAGCAUAAUUUCUAGUGGAGAAUUUGACAUACAAAGCAUUGUGUGCUUUCAUCUGAUUAGUUUAGCUGUAUUCAGUUCUCUGGUACUUCUCUUUGCUUGAGCAAGUCUGUCCUGAAAUACAUUGUGUACUUUGGAGGAAAAGAACCAGUCCAUAUUGUUACUUUAAGUAAUUCAACAUAAAGUAAAAACAGCCUUUAAAUAUUUUUGAUGCAUAAUAAAGAUAAUUAUAGCUACAUUUAUUGACU